UCAAAUCAAAUAAAGCCUGAGGGCUCUUUCUUAAUUUUGAGAUUGUCUUACUACUGAGAAGUCAGUCACAUUAGAUUUGUAGUAGUUUAAGAUGUAUCUAGCUUCUGUGUAAAAGAUGGUUUUAGUUGUGAGAUGGUUUUAAAUAAAGGCUGGGUUACAUCUUUGGGUAAAUUCAUUCAGAGAAUGAAAAGGAAUUUGCAAUCGACUAAACACCAAAUGAUGAAAGUAGACUGGAGAAGUAUUAUUUUCUUUGUAAUGGUGUUUCUACUGCUGAGGUAUAUGAUGAUCAAAAGGCAAGAAAACAGUGUUGACGUGUUUGAUGCAUACCAAGACUAUGCACCUGCAAUUGCAAGGUCUAACAAAUUAACUGCAAAGCAAAAAGUUGCAUCAGUUGUCCAGCAGGGUAGCAGCCAACAUGAAGAGAUAAAAUAUGGGCAGGCUAAAACGGAAGCAGCUCCAACUGUAGUGAAAGUACCAACAACUAAAGCUGUUUUAGAUUCAAAAUACGACAAGUAUAAACACUUUAAAUGUAACCUGAAGCCUCCAGUAAAAAGGAAACACGUUGAACCAUUAAUUAAACUCGACAAAACCAAAUUCUUGUUUCCCUUGUUGGUGAAUGGUCCAAACAACCAAAUUCUUGGUCUUAGAGAUUCAAUUUACUUGGCUAUAAAGUUAAACAGGACUCUUAUCAUACCAUACUUUAUAAAACACAAGACUGACAGCUCUGGUGCCUUUGAUCAGGUCCCAGCAGAGGCGAGAAUGGAUGUAGAUGAGUUGAAAGUCCUCAUUCCUACAGUUCCACAUGCUCAACUGCAACAAGUAUGCAGGAAUAAAGUGGAUUCUGUAUUUCUGUCAGAAGUAUCGAAAAACAUGCACGCAGCGCUGCCUUAUGAAAGAAUUUCCAAGCUAGCAGGUCUUAAUGUUGAUAAACCAAAGGAUUCAAGCCCAGGAGUUGAAAUGCUGCCUCGGAAUGAACAUGAUUUAAUCAUAAAACUCAAUGAUAUCAAUGUACCGAAGUUACGAAACAUGUACAAGUCAAAUGGCAGGUGCGCUGUGUACGUUCAUCCUUUUAGAACCGUAGGAGCUCAUGAGUCCUCUCCAAAGAUGAGGGAAGCCAAAAUAAUUCUGGAGGAUUAUGAGAAAAACAACAUCCGGACACAGUAUGAUCAAAAAGAUGAGGAGCUUGUGUAUUCGCUUGGAUUCAUGAGCACAGGCCACCCUCAGUUUGUUAAACAGAUUGCUGACGAGUUUCGUAAUAAAGUCAUGCAUGAUGCGUCUGUUCUUGCAGUCCAUUACAGAUUUGAUCCAAAUGACUGGAUGAUAAGAUGUGCUAAACCAUCUGGCAAUACUGUUGAAAUUAACAAGAUGUGCCAGCAACUUGACAAAAUCAAACCAAUUGAUAUUGCCAAUGGACUUUUUGCUUAUAUAAAUGGUUUAAGCAGAGGUAAGACUGUUCAGGUGCAAGCUAUUUAUUUUGCUGCGCCAUUGACACUUUCGAACUUAAUAUCUGAAGUUAGAGUUUUGUUUGAUAAGAAUGUUGCAAAGAAUUAUGGCACUAAGAUACCGAUAUUCACAUAUGUGGACUUGGAGAAAUUCCUGGGGAAAUACAUCAACUGUCAGCAUGUUGGGAACAAUUUUGAGGACGUUUUGUCACUCGUGGAGAUGGAAAUUUGUUUAAAGUCAAUUUCUUUUAUUUCAUCACAAUCCUCUUCAUGGUCUAAUAUUGUGAUGCGACAUAGAGUUGCAAACAAAGUUAUGAAACAUGAUUCACAUACACUUAUGGUCGUAUGGGAAGCUUAUUUAGAGAGAACAAAAGGAAAUAGUUAACUGUGCUAUUUUGAGGUGUAUGACUUUCAUUAUUUAAAACAAAUUGUUGAUACUUGUUAAAUUAAGAUUUAUUUGGUAUUUUUGAUAUUGGUAUUAUACAAACAUGAUUUAUGAAAUUCCAAAACUGCCCUAAACCCAAGGUCUCUGGUUUUCGUUGUCAUAGGACCUCUGCAUAUGAAACAGAAUACCUUUAAAGAAAAUAUUGUUUAAUUAAUUUAAUUUGUACCUCGUCCUAAGAGCUGAUGUUCAAAUUCAAACAAAGGACUUAUUAUAUUAGUUGUGUGUUAUUAGGUUUAGGUUGUAUUGUUAUUUGUUAAUGUUAUUAAAUUCUCUAUUGUUUAGCAGCCAUUAUAUUAAUAUCCUGCUCAAUGUAUUUAUAUGUGUCUCAUAUCCAAUGACUCUAUUUAAUUGGUUACAGUUAAAACAUAAACAAUUGUUCAAUGUUUUUGUGUUUACCAUAAAUUGUGCUCACAGAAAUCAACAUAACAUUUAUUACAUUCAAAACAGAGAAUUGUGUUUCUUUAUUUCCUGCAUGCCCUCAGUUGUAUUAGUUUUUGUUCACACUUUAUUUAUAUUUUAG